GUCAGGCAGCGGUGGCGCGGGCCAGGCGGCGGCCGGGCGGGGCCUCCGCGGCUCGGGCAGGGGGCGUCUGCGCGUCCGCGCCCUCGGGCGGCGGCGUCGCCUGGGUCCCCGGAGUCGCCUGCGCGCCCAGGCGCAGGUUGAGACUUCUAAAGCACCCUUUCACAAUGGGCAAACCUACUUGCUAAUGGGACAUCAGCCAGCUCCUUCACCUCACCUAUAGUGACUUUUACAGAGUGGAGUGAACUGGUGACCCGGCCAUCAGGCCUCAUCAUCCACCCAUGGCACCUGUGGCAGGACACGAGGAACAGUGGCAGCCAUGCCUCCCCCUGCUGUGGCCACCCCUUACCCCCUGCGCUAGCGUGCAUGGUGUGGAGACCUGUGGGACCCCAGAAGACUGACUGACCUGCCUUCCUACCCUCAGUAACAAGCCCCACAAGAUGUCGCUUGAGUGGCUAAUGGCCUGGAGCUGGUCCCUGGACGGCUUGAGGGACUGCAUUGCCAGCGGCAUCCAGUCCGUGCGGGAUUGUGACACCAGCGCCGUGGUCACUGUGGCCUGCCUACUGGUCCUGUUUGUGUGGUACUGCUACCACGUGGGCAGAGAGCAGCCACGACCCUAUGUCUCUGUGAACUCGCUCAUGCAGGGUGCAGACGCCAAUGGGCUGCAGAACGGGUAUGUGUACUGCCAGUCCCCUGAGUGCGUGCGCUGCACGCACAGUGAGGGGCUCAACCAGAAACUCUACCACAACCUGCAGGAGUACGCCAAGCGCUACUCGUGGUCUGGCAUGGGCCGUAUCCACAAGGGCAUCCGCGAGCAGGGCCGCUACCUCAACAGCCGGCCUUCCAUCCAGAAGCCGGAGGUCUUCUUCCUGCCCGACCUCCCCACCACACCGUACUUCCCGCGGGAUGCACAGAAACAUGAUGUCGAGGUGCUGGAGCGGAACUUCCAGACCAUUCUGUGUGAAUUUGAGACCCUUUACAAAGCUUUCUCAAACUGCAGCCUCCCACAGGGCUGGAAAAUGAACAGCACCCCCAGCGGGGAGUGGUUCACCUUUUACUUGGUCAAUCAGGGCGUUUGCGUCCCCAGGAACUGCAGGAAGUGCCCACGGACGUACCGCUUGCUGGGAAGCCUUCGGACCUGUAUUGGGAACAAUGUUUUUGGGAAUGCGUGCAUCUCCGUGCUGAGCCCCGGGACUGUGAUAACUGAGCACUACGGGCCCACGAAUAUCCGCAUCCGGUGCCACUUAGGUCUGAAAACUCCAAGUGGCUGCGAGCUGGUGGUCGGGGGCGAGCCCCAGUGCUGGGCAGAAGGCCGUUGCCUCCUUUUUGAUGAUUCUUUCCUGCACACCGCAUCCCAUGGAGGUUUGGCGGAGGAUGGCCCACGGGUGGUCUUCAUGGUGGAUCUGUGGCAUCCCAACGUCGCAGCCGCUGAGCGGCAGGCUCUGGAUUUCAUCUUUGCCCCAGGACGAUGAGGAAAUUGCUUAUGUGGGAGCUGGUGAGGGGCGAGGAGCCCAGGUGGCCAUGGGAUGGUCCAGCCACGCCUGAGCUUGGAUUCCAUGCUCAGAAACCUGUCUCAGUGGGACCCUCUCCUUGGGAUUUCCUGUCAUAGGAUCCCUCUUCGCUUUGGUUACUGUAAAUGGAAAAUUUUCAGCUUGUAUUUCCUUUGAUUUUUUUCCCUUCCGAUCAUUAGCUCUUGAGAUUCCUUUCUGGCCUACCAGUGUGUCCCUUUGACUCUAUGAUCAGAGACUCGGUGCCCCGGUUGGUCUUGUUCCAUUGCGACUUGGUUUUUUUUUCAGUGUUCUGAAAUAGAGUAACCAAACAGUUCCCUGUCUGAAUGUCAUCAUGUAAACUUCUUGUGGUCAUCUUCAAAGAAAAACACAGGCUGGAGAGCUGGAGAGCUGGAGAGCUUCACUUCUGAUCCUGGCAUCUAGGAGGCCUUCACUACCCCAGGCAGGGACCAUCCAUAGUCCAUGUACGUGGCCAGUGGGGGAGGUGCUGCUGGACAAUUUCAGAGGUGUUCCAGGAUGGGCCCUGGGGAGGCUGUCACCAUUGUUGUCUCGCUCCAGACUAUUAGGUCCCAGCUUGCAAGAAUGCAGGGCUGGGGUGACCAGAGGCCUUUCUGUAAAUGUGCUUUCUAGCUAAGCUGAGGCCUGUGUCCUCAAGGGUCAGGUUGGGGCUCCCCCAAGUUGGCUAUAGAUGGGAUCCAUUUACCUCACCUCACUGCCUACAGAGCCAACUGCCACACUGGGCCCUGAUGCCUGCUGUUCUAGCUGCUUUAAGUCCACAGAGGUGGAGGUUAGAGCACCGAGUGGUGGGGGCUGUGCUGGGCUAGGGCCUCAUGAUUGCCUAGUGAUGUUCCAGAAACACUUUUCCAUGGCAAACUGGAGUCCUGGGUCUGACCACCAUAUCUGACUUGCUUUGCAGUUCUGUCGCCUGAUUUUCACUUACCUGUCUAUAGGUAAAUGCUCAGACCUUAGACUUGGAGACAGUGGAAGGGCCAGUCUGGGUCUUCCUCAUUGCAGAAGGGUAUGUACUUAGUGAGAGUAACCCAGACCAGUGUGUGUAAGGAGCCCUGGUUCCUGUGCUGGCGCUUUGAUCUCUUAUGAAGGACACUCAGAUCUUAUCCCAAAGGGAAGGGCCCCCAGAGGCCAGUUUGGGGCCCUGUGUCAAGGAAGCUGCCUCUUGUUUGUUGACAUGAGUGUUGUUUCCCAGCCACAUUAGUGAUGCCUUUUGGAACAGUGUCCAGCCUCAGCUGUAACAAGCCUAGGCAUGGAUGGAGCUUACAGCUGUCACAUGCACUGGGCUGGUGUUUCCACCCACAUCUGCUGGGAAAGGCAGCUGUCAGAAGGAAACACCAUCCAAAAUAUGCUAGGUUGUUAUUGGCCUGUGCACAAAGAGAUCACAUCUGAUUGAGUUUUAAAAUGUCUGUGCAGAUAUGUUCCAGUAACCAGAAGACAGAAAAUGGCAGAAAUUUCAAACACACCUGAAGUCUUUGUGCUCAUUAAGUCUCUUGUUAACAGAACCACUCAGGUGCAUGACUUCUACACAUAGCGACCGUUCUGCUCCAUGUUUACAAAGCCAACACCCCAUUCCCCCCAACCCCUUGGGACCUGGCUGCCACACUGAAGUGGCGCGAUUGGGGAGCAGAAGAUAAAUAAAAGAUCUUGCUGAAAACCA